UUCUACCGCUAUCCAAGCGACGUUACGCACAUUUCUGCGCAAACGCCCCUGUCCUCUCUUUUGUUCUCCAUUCAGAAGGGACGUUAGUAAGCCGAAGAUGUGUCAACGUAAACGGUAACCACCCCUUUACAAAGCAGGCGACUGGCCCUUUAAGGGUUAUGUAGCUGGGCUAGCAGAUGUAGGACGAGCUGACCGUCCGUUUGCCUGCCUGCGCUCCCGCUGCCAUCCCCAUCAUGGCCUCCACACCUAUACCAUCGAGGAUGAACCGACCAGCCAGGGGCUCUUCCCUUCCCGGAGCGGAGACGGACGUCAAGCCGAAGCAGAGGCACCGGUAGAGGCGAGCCGCUCCGGGGAGAGCCGCCUCAUCCCAUGCCACCCCGGUCUCCUCCAUGCCUUCGUCUAAAGCCAAGUACAGCUAUUCGAUAAAGAGGAGUGCGAACCCGGGCGGUGGCAGCGGUAGCGGCGGCGGCAGAAACAUGACAACAAACAGGGAUUAUUCUGUUAAUCUGUCGGUGCAGCAAGUGCUGAGCCUUUGGGUGCAAGGCACGACGCUGCAACACUUCACAGAGAUGUGGUACUGGGUGUUCCUGUGGUGUCUGUUCUCCUCCCUCUUCGUCUACGGGGCGGUGGGGCUGCUCAUGUUGGUCAUGCUGCAGCGCCACAAGAGGGGCCGCCUCAUCACCCUGGUGCUGGUCAGCGUGGGUUUCCUAGCCUCCCUCUCUGGAGGCGUCAUCACCAGCGCCGCGGUGGCGGGGGUGUACCGCGUGGCAGGGAAGGACAUGGCACCGCUGGAGGCUCUGGUGUUGGGCGUGGGCCAGACCGCCCUCUCCAUCAUCAUAUCCUUCUCACGCGUCCUCGCCACUUUGUGAAGUGAAACCCCUCAACGAGUAGAAGCACAGACGCUGAGACGAAAGUGAAUGAAUCAAGCCAGUCCGAGAUUUAUAGGUGGCUGGGUUUGUUUAAGGAGAGGAGGCAGAAAUGCUCUGGACCUUUGGGGCUGGAUGCAGGAGACAGCGCCCCCCGAUGUCUCUGCUCUGUUACUGCCACAAUCACACUGCAAUUCAGAGGGAACUCCAUGCAGGCCGGUUGUCUUCAUGUCAGAGAGCAGCACCAGGCGGAGACGGCCCAAUUCUUCUCUUCUUGGCUUGAAAGCCAUGUUUUCGGGUGUUUCGAGAGUUACAUCACUUCUAUAUGCCUACAGCCUUCUCUGGGACAUCCAGAUGCCUUUUAUGGCCACUGACUCUUUAAGGCUUUCUGUUGCACUUGGGGAGGGGAAGGGAAACCUCUUCUUUUUUUUCUUUUUUUUUUUAAAGCAGAGUGACGAUUUGUAAGGAUGAUCUGAUGAUCUCCUUCGGUGAUCAGUGGGAGAACAAAAUUUGAGCAAUGCGAGGUGUGUAGGGAGUGACCCAACAUUUUUUCUUCAGUAUUAAGCCUCACCUCUCGGUCUUCACGUACGGUUAAUCAUGAUCAGUCCUUUUCCUUAACUGGUUUUAAAGCUGCACCAUCCAACUCACGAGCGACAUGCAGCUUUGAAUUUUGCACUUUGUAAAUGUUUGAGACGCUCUUUGCCUAACAGGGUGUGAAAUCAGUAGACGAGGAGGAGAAAACCAGCAUCGCCGCUACGUUUGGCUUAAAAUAUAUUUUCAUUGUGUGCCAAUGAGAACUACGAUUGGAGUUAAGGGAAUGUUUUGACACAUAGGGAGAUAUGCUCAUUCGCUUUCUUGCUGAGAGUUACAUAAGGACAUGCCACUCUCCCGUCUGUACGGUAAAUAUGAAGCUACAGUCCGCAGGUGGCUAGCUUAGCUUAGUAUAAAGACUGGAAACAGGAGGAAAUAGCUAGCCUGGCUCUGUCCAAAGUUAAAAUCUGCCUACCAGCAACUCUAAAGCUUAAUCAUUACCAAGUUAUAUAUAUCUUGCUUGUUUAGUUUAAAGAACCCCUAUUAUACUCCUUUUCCGCGUCAUAUUUUACUCUUAGGGUCUACUAGAAUAGGUUUACAUGCUUUGAUAUUUCAAAAAAGAUAUUAUGUUUCUCAUACUGCCUAUUGCUGCAGCACCUCCACCUGAAAGACUGAAAGUCUGUCUGAGCUAUUAGCCUGCCUUCCU